AUGGCUGGCGCCGACGUCGACGUCGGGACGGAGCUCCGGCUCGGCCUGCCGGGAGGAGGCGCCGAGGCGGCCAAGGCCGCGAAGAGGGGCUUCGAGGACACCAUCGACCUCAAGCUGAAGCUGCCCACCGCCGGCAUGGAGGAAGCUGCCGCCGCCAAGCCGGAGCCGGCAGCCGAGAAGGCCAAGAGGCCCGCCGAGGCGCCGGCCGCUGAUGCCGAGAAGCCACCUGCACCCAAGGCACAAGCUGUGGGUUGGCCACCAGUCCGAUCAUACCGCAGGAACGUCAUGACCGUCCAGUCUGUCAAGAGCAAGAAGGAAGAGGAACCUGAGAAGCAGCAAUCCGCUGCCAAUGCCAGCGGCAACAGCUCCGCCUUCGUGAAGGUCAGCAUGGACGGCGCGCCCUACCUGCGCAAGGUGGACCUGAAGAUGUACAACAGCUACAAGGACCUCUCCAUUGCUCUGAAGAAGAUGUUCAGCACCUUCACCACAUCUGGGAACAACAUGAAUGAGGGGAAAUUGGUUAAUCCAGUCAGCGGUGCUGAUGUGGUCACUACUUACGAAGACAAGGAUGGCGACUGGAUGCUUGUUGGCGACGUCCCAUGGGAGAUGUUUGUCGAGUCAUGCAAGCGUCUGAGGAUCAUGAAGAGUUCUGAAGCCAUAGGUCUUGGUUAG